AUGGCGCAUCAUGAUCAUACGAGGGAUCCUUGUCCCUGGGUCGUCUUCAACGAUUUUGGCGGCGCAUUUUCAAGCCAACAGGCCGUAGGAGGUACGAUCUGGCAUGGCAUCAAAGGAGCUCGCAACUCGCCAAGGGGAGACGCCCUCAUAGGUUCUAUCGCUGCCAUCAAGGCGCGAGCGCCCGUCGUCGGGGGGAAUUUUGGCAUCUGGGGAGGCAUGUUCUCCUCCUUCGAUUGCGCUGUCAAGGGCGUCAGGCAAAAAGAAGAUGCUUGGAAUGCUAUCAUCGCCGGCUUCUUCACAGGCGGGUGUCUGGCAGCGCGAUCCGGUCCCCGGUCGGCACUCGGCUCUGCAAUAGGUUGCGGUAUAUUACUGGGCGUCUUCGAAGGUGUCGGCGUGCUUGCCGGACGCAUGUUUGCGACAAUGAACAAGCCACAAGCGCCGAUAGUCUGUCUCGUGGCGUCCGGCUCGAGCCGAGCUGAUACUUUUCAUUCGGAUGCAGAUGCCCGACGCGCCCAUGACCCCUGCAUCUGGUCCCGCUGCCCCCACGCCGGCGUGAGCGCCGGACUGGCCCGUCCCUUUUUCUGUCCGUACACUACUCGCAGACGAGCCCUGUAUUCGCUGUAUGCAGACUGCAUCUUCGCAAGCCAGCGCGCAGCUCGAUCUCGCAUGACCUGA